UUUAUUCAAUUGUUUUGUGUAUAGAAGCAAGCCAUUUCUCACGGACACGACAUCAUUCAUCAUUGCUUAACAGUUAACAACACCACCACCACCCCUCAUCAAAAUUCCCACAAUCAUCAUCAACUCCCUUUAUCUCCUCCUCCUUCCUUUGUAACCAAAACCAGAGCUUCUUUUGUGAUUUGGUGAUUGAUCAGCCGCCUAUCGGCUGAUUUCCUGAGUGGUUUGUUGGUUUGAAAAAUCUCUCUCAUCCAACAUAUCCGCCGGUUUCCUAAGUGGUUUGUUGGUUUGAAAAAUCUCACUCAACCAACAAGUCCUCGAUUCGAAACGAGCGCUCUGCCGGGAAACUAAUACUACUAUGAUCAUGGACAGAUCAUCACAAAGCAGCAGCUCCGACUCCCCGACCCGAGACCCGAGAGUACUAUCCAUCGAGUGUCUCAAAGGAAGCUCCAAAGCCGACGAAUGGACCGGCGACAUGCUCCAAACCGGCGACAUCGUGGAGGAGCUCCGGAUCGGAGGCUCCGUGAACUCGCUAAUCCGGUUCAAGUCGCCGUUCAAGGGCGGCAAGAGCGGCGUACAGAAGAUCCUCCAAGACGCGUACAAGAAGAAGGAGACGUCGAUCAUGGUCCGCGUCCGAAGAGGUCCCGACGAGUUGGCGGAGCUUCAGGCGUGUAUUGUCCCUAACGACUCCGGCGGGAAGAAGCAGCUUGUUCUUCGGUCGAUUUCUGACCCGAAUUAUGUUGUCGGGUUAGUGGAUCGGUACGAAGCGGAAUGCUUUGAGCUUCAAGCUUCAAGGAGCACUAGGAUGGUAAAUGAACUAACCAGGACCAAGCUACAAGAUGGAUAUGUUUCAUAUCCAUGGGAGAGGAGGAUGCAGGAGAUGCUACCAGUUCCCAAUUCUAGCAACUUUCUUUCCAUAUUACUCCUUCCCAAAGCCUCGGAUCGAGUAGCUUCAAAGUACAAUGAUCUGGAGGACACCCUAGCCAGGGCAAAUGCAUGGCUUAAUGCAGGUCAAGCUUCAGGGGUACCUGUUGUCUUCAUGAAUAUUCAAACUGAGUCCCUACUUACUAAGAUAUCUGGAGAAACAGCCUCUUCCACUGUCAAUGCAGGCUCCUUAUCUGACUUAUCUAACGUGGCAAAUGUAAGCCUCUAUGGCUUUGAGGAUUACCACGGAAUAGACAUAGGCGUUGUUCGAGCGGUUCGCCUAUGGUAUGCUCCAGUAGGAGGAGAGUUGUCCGUUGAGAUAAAGCUCAGAGAGGAAGACACAAAGCUUGGAUUCGCCAUUAGUCGUACAGAAGAGGGGUUUAUUUUCAUCUCUUCAGUCAUGCAUCAAGAGAAUGGACCGGCUACAAGGUCAGGGCUCAGCGACCUGUACAAGCUAGCAACAGAUACUUCUAGGUUGUUGGUAGUUUCAAGAGUGUCAAAUCAGAAAGUCCUUCCAUGGAUGGUGUCUUCCACCGGAGCCAUUCGGUGUUAUGACACUGUUUCACUCAGCCAGAAGCUCUCCUUGCACCGCCACACCAGAGUUCCCAUUCACCUACAUGUCUUCCUCUGGGACCGAGCAUUGGCAACUUCGAGUGGAUCAAGCAAUAGAUUCAGGGCUCUGUCUCCUUCUGUGUUGCCAUCACCACCUGAAGUUCAAGUGGCGCGCCAUCAGGAUGAAAAUCAGGUACUGCCACUGCCUUCUGAAGCUUCUGAGCCAAGUGAUCUUUCGCGACUUAGGCUUCAGAGAGACACAGCUGGGGAAGCCUCAUUCAGAUUUCAUGACUUCGCCUUAUCCAGCAAUUGGGUAUGAUAAAAAGGGCGUGCUAUAAUGUCGACAACCUUAGCUUGCAUUUCUGCAAGAGGCUGAUUCCACGACUCAAUGACCGCAAAUAUUGUUGUCUAUUCUGUUGUAUAUACACAUUGCUUCAGGCUUCAGACUUCAGACUUCAGGGAGGUCCUAGUUUGUUUUGCUUUGUUCACAGAAAAGCAAAGCAUAUGUUGGUUAAUGGUUACUCUCAAGUUGGAAAAGUAUGACAUUGGUCUGUCUUUCCUUCAAGUUUUGGGUCUGGAUAAUGUUACUUGGUGGAACUAGUUAACAAGAAAUUUUGUGCUUAGUAGUUAAACUGGCUUUGGACAAGCUAGAUAUUAUAUUAAAACUAUUUUUUUGGUUGGUACACUUGCUCCUACAGUAAUAUCUUAAUUAGAAGGGUUUCUUCUGA